AGUGCUAGGCGCUCCCGCGGCUCUGUGUCUUGCUUCAACAGUGUUUGGACGGAACAGACCCGGGGACGCCCCACCGAGCCCUCCACCUUCCUUUUCCAGCCUUUAUUAUUUUCAGUUGCAAACUUCGGGACCAACACCUCGGCCACCCUCUUCCCACCGGGACCACCCAGCGUCGAUUUUUGAGGCUCCAGCUGUCACUGCCGACCAAGCCCAGCCAUGAGCUCCCAGAUCCGCCAGAAUUAUUCCACCGACGUGGAGGCCGCCGUCAACCGCCUGGUGAACAUGCACCUGCGGGCCUCCUACACCUACAUCUCUCUGGGCUUCUAUUUCAGCCGCGACGAUGUGGCCCUGGAGGGCGUAGGCCACUUCUUCCGCGAGUUGGCGGAGGAGAAGCGCGAGGGCGCCGAGCGCCUCCUUAAGAUGCAAAACCAGCGCGGCGGCCGCGCCCUCUUCCUGGACGUGCAGAAACCUUCCCGGGAUGAGUGGGGUAAAACGCAGGAUGCCAUGGAAGCUGCCCUGGUCCUGGAGAAGGAGCUGAACCAGACCCUGUUGGAUCUGCAUGCCUUGGGCUCUGCUCGCGCUGACCCCCACCUCUGUGACUUCCUGGAGAGCCAUUUCCUGGACGAGGAGGUGAAGCUGAUCAAGAAGAUGGGCGACCACCUGACCAACAUCCGCAGGCUGGCGAACCCCCAGGCCGGUCUGGGCGAGUACCUCUUCGAAAGGCUUACCCUCAAACACGACUAGGAGCAUCGGAACCCCUGUGGCCUUUGACCUUCCUGAGUGGUGCCCGUGGUCUGGCCUGAGUCCUCUCGGCUGUUUCCAGAGCAGCCUCUGAAGUGUGGACCAAAUCACCAAUAAAGUUCUUGCAGCAAAAAAAAAAAAA